CAUUUCCUCUCAUGAAGUAUGAUUUGUGAAGAAGAAGAUAAGUAAUUUGACAGAAAAUAUUUGUGAAAAGUAGUGUCUUUUUAUUAGGAAGGUUAAUCUAAUUGAUAACCCAAACAAAAUAUUGAUGUUUUGAUGAGAGUCAAUAAAAGUGAUAACCUUUUAUGCAAAUACUUCCGUAUUACGGCAAAUUAAACAAUGUCAGAGAUUGUAAAUCACGAUAUUCCCGGACUGAAACAGAAAAAAGUAUUUAAAAUUAUUGUUUUGGGUGAUUCAGGUGUGGGUAAGACAUGUCUGACUUAUCGCUUCUGUGAAGGACAGUUUUUAGAGAAAUCUGAAGCUACGAUAGGCGUUGACUUCAGAGAACGAACCGUGAAAAUUGCGAAUGAAGAUAUAAAGCUCCAGCUAUGGGAUACUGCAGGUCAGGAGAGGUUCCGCAAGUCCAUGGUGCAGCAUUACUACAGGAAUGUACAUGCUGUUGUUAUAGUCUACGAUGUCACUAAGCCAGAAACGUUUCAUUCCAUAGCGAGUUGGAUGCAAGAAGUGGAGUCUCACGGCCUGAUGGGAGCUCCGAGGGUUCUGGUAGGAAACAAGUGCGACUGUGGCACGCCAGAGUCGCGGCUGGCAACAACUUACGCGCAGCGGCUGGCAGAUAAAUACGGAAUGCCAUUGUUCGAGACGUCUGCGCUUCUUGAAUCCGAGUGUGACAACGUCGAGUCUAUAUUCAUGACGUUAGCGCACAAAUUGUAUUCGAAACAGUCUCUCAGAGUGGUGAAAGUAGCGGGUGAAGUGGGUCACGGAGUAGUGACACUGCCGCGACAGAGGAGGUCCGCGCCUUCCAACGACAACAGCUGCCUUUGUAGUUAAAUUAUAACACGAUAUAUUUCUGUGAGUUUUUUACGCCGGAAUCUAGAAUUAAUUAUUUUCCGGCGUAAAAAACAUGCAACACAAUUAUUUUGAAAAAAUCCAGUUGUUUGUUUCGCCUGACUAAGGAAAUAAGAUUAUGAAGCUGAAUAUAAUAAUUAUAGCAGCCCUGCAUUCUAUACUGCUGGGUAUGGAUCUCCUCUACUACAGAGAGCCUAGUGCGGAUUGCCAGACUUCACACACCCUCGAAAUUCCUAUAGAGAACUUUGAAGCUGAAACUGCAUCAUUUUCAUAUUAAAAUAUUGCUAAGAAUUAUAUGAGUGGAGUUCAGUUGUAAUCGGAAAUGUGUGGGACUGCUGUCCGUCCUAGCAUUUUACUUACUCUAGUUUGACAAGACAUUUAUAAACUUAAUUUUAAUCUGAACAUUAAAAAAUAAGGAUAUUCGUUACGUACGCUUAGGGUAGCUCAUAAAGUGUUCCUCUAUCAAAGUCGGUGCAUCAUUUUCGGUGUUGUGUCUAUAUGCAUUCAGUCUACUUGCUGCAAUAUUGAAUGGUGUUAUGUAAUGUAGGUAUGCUUUCUUAAUUUGCCGGUAAAAAUAGCUAGCGCAGUAUAGUGGUUUCGUAAGCUUUAUAGUUAUUGGCCAUAUUUAUGGGUUUUGCUUUUGGUAAACUCUAUGAAUCUUCGAUUUUACUGUCCCAUUAAUACCUAUCUCAAGUUUAAUACGCUCGAGCAAGGUUCAAAAUUAGUGAUGGACCCUGAAUUUGGCAAAACUUGUCUCCAGUCGUUGAAAAGAUUAUGUUCAAUAUAAUUUUACCGCUUGUAAGCUCUCUCGUAACAUUUACUAUAAGCAUAUUAUAAAGGAAAUAGUCGAUUGCGAUGGACAGAGAUAAAAGACGAGGGUGGGGAAAUGCUGGUUUAAUGAAAUACAAAAAUAUGAUUACUGAAUUUCUACCAAGGUUUAAGACCGAUAUUACACUGGGUUUGGAAUCUAUGUGAGCUAUUAUACGGUGAAUUCAACAGUUCACUCAGUAACCAUAGCACGAUAGAUAUCUGACUGUCGACUGAUCAAAUAGUAUAGAUUAUAGAUUGGGUCACAAUAUAUUUGCAUAAUAAAAUUAAAAGAUUGAUACAAGGCCACCGAUUGGACUGAUCGUGUAAUAACUCGUUGUUUAAAGGUUUAAAUAAAGUUUUAUACUCCAUACCAUCUUACUAUACUUGGUUAAAAUCAUGAACCCUGUAACAGCUGUCAAAGUAAUCUUUGUGGGAUUGGGAUAUUAACGAUAGAUGCUUAGUUUCCUGAUUGUUUAAGUUUUUUCGAUUGAAAUCAUGUUUUGAUUGAUAUGUUUUUUUUUAUUUCAUCUAAGGGGUUUUAAGGUGUAUAUUUAUAAUAUUUUAUAUUAAAAUAAUUUUAUUUUGUUUGCUAAAUCGAUAACUCAUAACACGUGGUAAGAAGCGUUAGUAUAACUGCAGUUGCAUUACUAACUAUGAUAUUUUUCAUUUACAUACAAACGACGUUAAUACAUUCUACCGUCCAAAAAUAUGAAAUUUUAAAUAAGAGCUGCCACAGGACGUCUCAAUUCUUAGAAAGCAUAAUAAAGGUUUUAUACAUGUGACAUUGUUAUACGGUAACAUGUCUUUUUAUGUCGACCGACAAAUAAUUUAUAAGAAACCAGACACACCAUUGUAGAACUAUGAGAGAUAUAUGCAACGUUUAUUAGUAAGGACCUUACCUUAGUCAUAAUCGAUAAAGGUGAUUAAAAGAACACCAUGUAUAUAUAAGUUUUACGUUGUAGACCAUUUUAGCCCCUUUUCCUUAGUGUAAGUUAUAAAAUAGAUUUACUAAUAAAUGUGAUUUAAUUAUCAUAAAAAAAUCCGGUGUAUAUUGAUAUCACGUUGAUUAGUAAAAAUGAAUAAAUUAUUAAAAUAAUAAUAAAAGUAUUGUCGGUUUACUGCGAGAACUCAUUAACUGACAAAUACAAAAGUAUGAAUUAGUUAUAUUGUUUUCCCUAUAUCCUAUUAGAUAUAAUUUUUAUUAUUAAAAUCAAGUGAGCAUGUUAAAUAUUAUAUUAUGUUCAGGGCGUUAUAAACUGUACUUGAUGAUUUUUUGCAAUUAGUGAGUUCUUUCAGUAAACCAACGGUAUAAUAUGUUGUACAAAUAUUCUGUGAGCCAAAUGUAUUAACUUGUGAUUGUACUAAGCUUAACCUGUGCCUGUGUUCUUAAACUUAAGUAUAACUCAUUUUUAUUUGUACAUUCCUGAGCAGUUAGAAUUAAUAUUAAAUUCAGGCCGUAUUCCGUCUAUAGAGGCGAAUCCGUUGUCUUGCAAUUACGGGCGUUCUAUUCGUAUGGCUGCUUUGAUAGCUGUAUAGGCAAGACAGUUGAAAAUCUCCUAUUCAAAGGACAUUAAAGCUGUCCUUCGAUUAAAACGCCUGUGAUUGCAAACAGACAGAUAUACCACCGUAGAAGGAAUAGGAGCCCUGACCUUAUAGUGAAAAUCGUGAGAUAUCGUAUGAUUACAUUGUAAUGUUAAUGGGAAACAAAAUAUCCCACAGUUGAAAAACACGUAAUGUUGAUGGGAAACAAAUUAUUAUUUCACAUUCGAAAACAGUGAGUUUUACAUAAUUAUCUGAAAAUGUUCAAAGGUAAGUCAAUUAAUUCUUCACCACUUCUCCUAGCUUCGCCUGCGUGAUAAAGGUAUUCUGUAAUAAAUGUGCUAUUGUAUUAUUUUCCGGAAUAAAUAAAUGGAUAAAAUUAUUUAUUCCGGAUAUCAACAUAUUGGCACAUAAUCCCAGUGACCACGAUGAGCCGAGGUUCAUAACCCGUCAAUGGGUUGCCCUCAGCAUGGUCGCUUUAUUUUCAAGGAUUUUUAUUCUCUUAAUGGUUUUACAAAUUUUAUCUAUAAUGUUUUAAAUCUGCCACCAAUAAGUUUAUAAUCUGCAGAUUACAACUAUGGCGGCUUGCAAGUGUGGUUAGUACUGGGUGUCAAGGGGGAGUGAGUUUCCGCUAUUUGAUACGUAGCUCGCUCAAUUUUCAAGGUUUGCGAGCGCCUGUAGAGCUCUCCAAAAAGUCCGGUGUGUUUGUAUAAGCCAGCCCUUGCUAGGCUACUAACCGUAUAAUCUGGUUAAAAAAAAAUAUGAACCAAACUUACUACAUACCAAAUUUCAUCAAAAUCGAUUUAUUAAUUUAACACUGACAGCUACAUACUUUCGCAUUUAUAGUAAUCAGCUUCCUUUGUUCGUCGACACAUGUUUGAAGAAUUAAUUUACGAGAAGUACCUUGUUAUACGUUUAAAACAGGGUAUGUACGGAUUCUUAACUUGUGACUCUGUAUGCAUAUAAAAAAGGAGCAUUGACAGCCACCUUGUAUAGAAUCGUAUCAAUGAAAUUAUAUUAGAAAAUUAUUUAUUAAAAUUUAUUUAAUUUUGUACCUUGUUUUUCCGACGAAUAAAACCGUAUGUGACCGGUUGAUAAUGGAAGAAUGUAAAUGUUAAGCGAUUAUUUAAUUAUAAGAUAUGUGUAAUUUAUUUUUGUAUAAGAUUAGUCCGAUAACACAAUGUUAGAGCGAUUACAAAUAAAAAUUAUUACGUCGUUAA